AUGACUACACUCGCCAUGCCGCAGGAGCCUGCGCCAGUGAAUCACUCUCUACUCGACAUAGACGACGAAGCGGCCUCUACAGAAGAUGGAUCAGUGCUCGAGUUCUUCAUUAUCAAGCAAGAAGUCAAUCUCGAGGUGAAUUUUCGCGAUAAACGCAUUGAUGGAACAACCGACAUUUUUCUUGUCGUAUUCAACGAUAAGAUUGAGGACAUAGUGUUGGACGCUGCAGAUUGCGAGAUCGAUACUGAGAACGUUUUCAUCGCUGAUAUUAAGGAGUCAAAUGGUGAUCUCGCCGAGAGUCAUAGACGGAGAACGACAGCAACCUACCAUGAUCCAUAUGCCAAGCUCACUCACCCAAAGAGUUGGAGUUUGAGAGCCGACCACCACGAUAUCCGCCGCAAGCGUGCACAGUCGAUAUUCCGCAGCCGCAAGAACGAUGUCCCCGCCGAGAAUAGAGAGUUCGAGGGGUGCACACCAGUCUAUCGAUCGCUGAAGGUGAACCUGCGAGGUAAGGCCGAGCCGGAUCGCCCGAGGCUCAUCAUCAGGAAGUCUAUGAUAGGUCUUGAUGCCAACGAGCGAUCCAACAAGCAGUACAGAAUCACCAUACCAUUUACCCAUACGAACCCCCGAGACGGCAUACAGUUCGUUGGCGUCGAUCCCCUGGACAACCGGUUUACACACAUGUACACACGAAGCUCGAUACAUCCUGGGACUGCUUCGUGCAUUUUCCCUUGUAUUGAUGACCAUGGAUCACGUUGCGACUGGAGGAUAUCAAUCAAGUACCCCCGUACCUUGGGUGAUGCUUUACAACAAGCGCUUGCUACACAACAGAACGGUAGCAACCCCGGCAAGAUGCAAAUCGAUGGCCAGGAGCGAAUCCAUAAGCUUGCCGAGGAAGAUAAACUCCGCGAGAUGUCGGUUGUCUGCUCAGGUUUCCUUAUGGAAGAGACCGUAGAUCCCGACGAUGAUCACAAAAAGAUAAUGACCUUCGAGCCUGAAAAGAAGGUGUCUGUACAGAAGCUUGGUUUUGCAGUGGGCCCGUUUGAGCAUAUCGAUCUUUCAUCUGAGUUUAGAACAGAAGAAGACGAGGUCAAACUGGGUAUGAAUGCGCUCAAGGUUCACGCAUACUGCCUACCACACCGUGCCGACUGGGUAAGGAAUACAGCAGCAGCCAUCACUAUGGCAGCUGAUUUCUUUACAUUCACAUUUGCUCGAUACCCGUUCGGCAAUUUCAAGCUCUGCUUUCUUGAUGAUAUGAUUCAGGACACUGUGGCUCUCUAUUCCGUGGCUUUCGUCAGCAAUCGAUUGCUUUUUCCAGAUGACAUUAUCGAUACCGAGAUCGAUGUCACAAGAAAGAUGGUUCAAACAUUGGCGUACCAGUGGAUAGGCAUCAACAUGAUACCGAACACAAGAAAUGAUCUAUGGCUUAUCGUCGGAAUCGCGCAUUUCAUGACAGAUCUCUUCAUGAAGAAAAUUUGCGGAAACAACGAGUACAGAUUUCGGAUGAAGACACUGUCAGACAAGCUUGUUCAGAUGGACGUCGAACGACCUUCUCUUUACGACCUCGGCCCUUACCUACAUUUGGGAGAGUUCGAGAUGGACUUUAUGACUCUGAAAGCUCCCGUGGUUUUCUUCAUCCUGGAUAAGCGGCUCAUUAAGGCUUCAGGAGGACACGGAUUGACACGCAUUCUCUCUAAACUAUUAACCAAGGUUCAGAUUGAAUCUUCUGACAGGGCUACUAUCCUUGAAACAGAGAAAUUCCGAACAACUUGUGAGAAGGGGGCAAAAUAUCGGCUUGAGAGCUUCUGGAGCCAGUGGGUCUACGGUUCAGGAUGCCCGCGAUUUGACGUCAAAGCGAAAUUCAACAAGAAGAGGCUCUGUGUUGAGCUUACGCUAAACCAGAUUCAAUUCCAGACAGCCAAGAAGCCGCCGCUAGACAAGAAUGAUUUCCUGCGGGUUGUCAAGGAGCGCCGCUCUGGUGUUAAGCCAGGCGAAGUACAACCUCUGUUUACAGGACCGAUGACGGUACGAAUCCAUGAAGCGGACGGAACGCCUUACGAGCAUAUUCUGGAAAUCCGCGAAGAUGCCACAAGGUCUACCAAAUUCGAGAUUCCAUACAAUACCAAGUAUAAGCGGCUCAAGCGCACGCGGCGCAUGAAGGAAAAACAAAACGUUGGUGCCAGUAUGGAUGCGGAAAACAUGGAUGACGCACUCCUCUACUGCUUAGGCGAUGUUCUGCAGACGCCAGACGAGCAGGCACAAUGGGAGUUGAUUGAUUGGGAUCCUGAAACUGAACGAAAGAUGGACCAGGAGUCCUACGAAUGGAUACGUGUAGAUGCCGACUUUGAGUGGUCUUGCGAUAUGAAGCGGACUCUUGAGCCGUAUAUGUACGUGUCACAACUGCAGCAAGACAGAGAUGUCGUUGCUCAGCAGGAUGCUAUGCUUUACCUGACGCAGGGCCCCUUGCACCCCAUCGCGUCAGGGUUCCUUACCAGGACGCUUGUGGACCGCCGCUACUUUCAUGGUAUCCGAACCAUGGCUGCUGAAGCUUUGCCACGGCAAGCCAACAUCAAGGACCUAUCAAUGCUUGGCCUUCGACAACUGAUGAAGGCUUUCAGCGAAAUGUUCUGCCACAAAGGUACGAACCAACCAAAGCCGAAUGACUUUUCCGACAAGAAGCAAUACAACGUUCAGUGUGCUAUCAUCAAAGCCAUCGCUCAAGUGAGAGAUGCCCACACUUACAAAUGUCCCCUUGAAGCUCGCCAGUUCAUUCUGGACCAACUUCUCUUCAAUAACAAUGAAGACAACCCAUAUUCUGACCACUUUUACAUCGCUACUCUCGUGGAGGCUCUUGCGACGUCUCUCAUCCCUUCUAAGCAAGAUGAUUGGUUUGCGAUGCAGAACAAAAUUCCUAAUGAGGAUGAGAAGCAGUUCCUCGAAAGGGCCAUAGAGCAAAUCGAGAGAGUUUUACGGCGAGAUGAAUGGACCCAUUCAUACCAGAACGUUUGGACUAUUGCUGGUCUUAGUGCCAAACAACGAUUGAUGAAGGCGGAAGUGAUCCCGAAGAGGUACAUUGAUUUCGGACAGUAUCUGUUGGAUGGAACAAGAGAUCUCAUUCGGAUCAAGGCCUUCGAGGCUCUGAUUGACCUGGGGGCUAUGUUAGACCCGACAGUGUUCUCAUUCUUAACAUACUCACUCAUCACCGACCGGUCACCGUACGUGCGGAACAAACUCAUCGAGGCGUCUGCCACUGGGCUCGCAGCCAUUGCUUUCGGAGAGCAUGCUAAGGUUGUUAAGAACGACCCUCGGCCGGAAGAUGAAGGAGACCUUCUACUUGUGCAAGACAGUGCCCAGGAGAUUGAGGCGAGAAAAGAAAUGUUUGCCAGAAAAGAGAACCUGGAUGCAGCACUCAAGGCUUUACGGAGAGAGAUGGAUGAAACCUACGGAGGCGACGAACGACACUAUAGCAUCGCCAUGCGUAAGGCAUUGGACCACCCGAGUCUCGGUCGUGGUGAGAUGGAGAGCAUGCUAGAUUUGGCAGCGAUGAUGUUUGAGGAGGCUGGCGAUUGGGUCAUUACGCUCCCCUUACCAAAGGCUUGGAAGGUCGAGAGGCCUGUGCAGCAGCUCUCCAAUCGCUUGAUCAUGAAAUUCAAAGCUCAUUACAGGACGACGCCUCGGGAGCCAAUCGUACAAGCACCACCGCCUCCACCUCCCGCUCCGCCUGCUCCUCUCAUCGAGCAGAAGCGGCCUGCACCUCUGCAGAAAACAUCUUCUAUCAAGAUCAACACCCACAAGACGGCCUCUGCCCAACGCCCAAGCGUCCCUCCGCCUCAACGACCCAGCGCCAGUGCCUCUCCCGUUGUUCAAAGCCCAAAACCCACUCUGCCAAAGCAAGAAAGAGACACCAUUGUUGCAUCACCAGGUCUGUCUCGACAAGCAAGUGCUACGUCUUCAUCAGGAUCCAAACCAUCUUGGCCCCCUGAACCCUCAUCUGCUUCCAAUAGCAAGCGCCCUCGACCUGAGAAGGAUGAACAGCCUACUCCGGCACCCAAACGCGCAAAGGUCGAUAAGCCAUUCGAUUCGGGUAUCCCCAAGAAGAAGAGCAAGAUUGUCACCUUAAGGGUUGCUCCAAACCGCCUCGCUCCUUUACUGAGAAAAGAAAAGAAGCCAAAUGGGAAUGGCCGGGUGUCUCUCCCCUCUGGGGCGCCAAGAGAUGGCCCUGCCCCUUCUCUGAACUCAAGAUCAGAUUCCAUCACGGCCAAGCCUGCCAGAAAGCCUCUUCCUGGAGACGCGGCACGACGGCCUUUGCCUGGAGGCCCGGCAUCAUCGCCGCACCCUGCCCCAGAGAGAAAGGUCUCGCUAAAUACCCAUUCGAACUCUACACCGAAGCCCAAGUCUGCGAGUCCUGCCACGAGCACACCCCCUCCUGCUGCAGCGCCUACUCAGCGGCCCAAGAUCAAGCUUAUCCGAAAGCCACAACCACCACCAGCCCCCUAA